GGAUGGGGAAAGGCAGCGGCUGGGAGAAGGCAGGGGUGAGGUGGGACGGGGAAGGGCAGGGGCUGGAGCGGGCUGGGGACAGGCAGAGACUGAGAUGGGGUAGGGCAGAGGCUGCAGAAAGGCAGAGCCUGAACCGAGCCGGGAUAAAACGGGCUGAACCCAGCCGGGGAAAGGCAAGAGCUGAGCGGAAUCGGGUUAUUUUCUUCCAUCUUCCUCUCAUCUCUGGAAGCUCCAUAAGUAUUGGGAUUGGCAGCAAUUAUUCCAAUCUCCCAGUUGCCUCGAACCAGAGCAGCGCAGCCAGCGCCUUCCCCGGCCCCGGCGAGCACGGCGGUGACAGCAGCCUGCUGGUGUCCCCGCUGCUGGUGGCAGGGGUGGUCAUCGGGCUGGUGCUCUUCCUGUCCUGUGCCACCAUCGUGGUGGGCAGCCUGCGCAAGGACAGCAGGCCCGGCCGCCCCCGGCUGCCCAGGGACGCUCCAGAUGGUUUCUCUCACGGUGGCUCCUCUGCAGAGCUGAGGUCUACCUGCACCGAGGAGUUCCCCCCAGCCUGUGAUUUUGACUCCUAUCUGGAUAUACUUUCUCAGGGGAGCAUCAUGUAUCCUGACCCACCUCCAUGCUACGACGAAUGCGUGGGGCCAGGAGCAACACAAAUCUACAUUCCCACAGACGAUCCCCCCCCAUAUUCCCUUACGGACCCUUGCCAAAGAAAUGAAAUACCUUUAAAUCUGUGCAUCAGGCAGGAAGAGGAAGCAGCAGGGACUGCAGGAGGGGCUGCACACUGUGCAGGGAGGCUGCAGGACUGGCAGCAGCCCAGCUCAGGCAUCUCGGUGAUCUCCCAGUGCGGAGGCGGCUCCCCCGUACGGGACAGCGGCGUGUGAGCACAGCCUGCUCCAACAGAAAGGUGGAACAUUCUCCCACUGCCCAGCAGACCCCAGGGUGUCUCCAUGGAAG